UGAUACGGCGCAGUAUGCGCCUCAAAGCAAGGCCUUUGGAUGACUUUUACUAAGUUUUGUUUUUGGUUAUGUUUAAAAUGCUUUGACGGAAAAGAAUGACCCGAAUCCUAUGUAUGUUACCGGUACAAUUAAAAAAAAAAAUCAUAAUAUGGCUUCAGCAAGUGACCCUAAAGAAAUAUGGCGAUACCUGCGGCAGUAAAGGGGCGGGGCCAAAAUGAGCUGUCAUGUGACAAGUCCCAAAGCAGAAUUGAUAGACAUCUCGUACGGAGAGAGGAGCUGGGCAGAAGAAGUGUUCUGUAUAAUGUACCGGUGACUGCUGCAGGUUCUCUUGUUCCUGUCUGUCUCACAGACGUCUAAUCUGUUAUCUUUCCUAGUUUUUGGCUGAUGACAGGUGUGGUAUACAUGUUGUUUUAAAACAUACACUGUUCCUGAUCAUUACAAGGCAAGAUGGCCUCCUUAAAUGAUGAUGAUGAUGAGAGGACACCCCUUUUGCAAGACUCACAAAUUGGGGGAUUUGUGGAAACACAGCAGCAGUUGAAGAGCAGGUGGUGGUCCAUUAGAGUCAUGUAUCUUACUAUGUUUCUUAGCAGUGUUGGCUUUUCAAUUGUAAUGACAUCAAUCUGGCCUUAUCUUCAAAAGGUAGACCAGAGUGCUGAUGCAAGUUUCCUUGGGUGGGUUAUAGCUUCCUUCAGCCUGGGACAGAUGGUUGCUUCACCUUUAUUUGGAUUAUGGUCUAACCAUAGGCCAAGAAGAGAGCCUCUUGUCGUUUCCAUUACUAUCUUGGUGGCAGCGAGCUGUCUGUAUGCCUAUGUACAGGUGCCUGCUUCACACAACAAGUAUUAUAUGCUGCUUGCUCGGACACUCGUUGGCUUUGGAUCAGGAAAUGUUGCUGUAGUUCGAUCAUAUGUUGCAGGUGCCACAUCACUUUCUGAACGGACUGGGGCAAUGGCAAAUAUAAGUGCUUUCCAAGCCAUAGGAUUCAUCUUGGGUCCAGCUUUCCAGGCUGGGUUGUCUAUGAUUGGAGAGAAUGGAGUAACUAUCGGUGCCAUUUACCUGCAAGUAAACAUGUAUACAGCCCCAGCACUUAUGGGAGCGCUUCUUGGUAUUGGAAACAUCAUACUGAUAUUUGCUGUAUUCAGAGAACACAGGGUGGAUGAUCUUGGAAUACAUGUUUCAAGUAUCAACAGUGAAUCUGAAGUUACAGAUGUAGAGAAAGCUAAUGAGGGCUCCAUAGAUCAGAUUGCAGUGAUCUCUUCUAAUAUCCUGUUCUUCGUUGUCUUGUUCGUGUUUGCCAUAUUUGAAACGAUUUCCACUCCUUUAACAAUGGACAUGUAUGCAUGGACCAGGACACAGGCAGUUUUUUACAAUGGAAUUAUUCUUGCGGCUGUUGGAGUUGAAUCAGUGAUUGUGUUCCUGGCAGUCAAAAUACUUUCUAAAAAGACUGGAGAACGUGUGUUACUGCUCGGAGGGCUGGUCAUUAUUUGGUUUGGAUUCUUUGUCUUGUUACCUUGGGGAAAUCAGUUGCCUGAGAUUCAGUUCACAGAGCUACAAAACGCCACCAUUCACAACACUACCCACUGGACCUCAAGCAUUACAUUCUCUGGCAAUCACACCGUCGAGCCGACUGGAUGUCCUGUAGUACAGACCUGGUGCUUGUAUACUCCUAUUAUCCAUCUGGGCCAGUACCUCACCUCUGACAUUCUUAUUGGUGUAGGAUACCCAAUCUGUAAUGUAAUGUCAUACACCCUAUACUCCAAGAUCAUAGGCCCAAAACCACAGGGAGUGUAUAUGGGCUGGUUAACAGCAGCUGGCAGUGCAGCCCGCACCUUGGGACCAGUAUUCGUCAGCCAGAUCUACACACAUCUGGGAACCAGAUGGACAUUUGGUAUCAUUUGUGCAAUUGUUGCCUUGUCUUUGCUACACUUAACUGCUGUAUAUAAAAGACUUACCCCUUUUUCUGCUCGAUAUGAAAGGCUAUAGCUUGGAUACACAUUGACCUACAUGUUACACUAUUUGCUCGGUAAUUCAUCAUACAGAACAGUGUUAAACAAAACAACACAAUUUCAGGUAGCCCUUUUUAACAUUUUAAAGGAGAAAGAAAGGUAAAAACUAAGUAAGCUUUACCAGAAAGGUCUAUGUAAAUACAGCCAUAAGCACUCACAGAAACGCUGCACUGACUUCUCUGAAAAAAGAUUAGUUGUGUCUGUAAUUCCUGUACCAGAGACAUGCACCUUUCUGUUCUCUGCUCUUUCCUGCUCCCCCCUCCCUCAAGAAUGCUUAGAACUCACCCCCCCCCCUUAGGAAUGUGGAUCUGAGCCAAUC